CAGUUAUUCUACACUAUCAAAAUGCCUUCACGUGAUUAUAAAGAUGACUGCAUAAUUCUUGAUGAUAGUUUUGAAGGACAGUCAGCAAAAAAUUUCGUUCUACCAUCAGACUAUGCAAAAUAUAUUGAGAGCAUAUUAGUUCCGAAUGGAAUGAUUCUAGAUCGUAUCAGUAAAAUGGCUCGUGAUAUAUUGAAUGAAUAUGAACGGUCUGGCACAGAUACCGUCCACAUUAUUUGCAUACUGAAGGGAGGCUAUCAAUUCGCUUAUGAUCUAUUCAAAUGUUUACAUAAGUAUUCAGUUACGCGUAACAAAUACGUAAGAAUUUGUAUUGAUUUCAUUUCUGCGAGCACAUACGUCAAUGAUUCAGUCGGUCAUGAUACCAAAAUCAAUCCAUGUACAAACAUGGAGAAGUUCAAAGAUAAGCAUGUGCUCAUUGCUGAAGAUCUGGUCGACACGGGUACAAGUUUGAACAAUCUGGAAAAAUAUAUUAGAAAAUACGAACCAAAAUCGAUCUGUUCCACAUGGUAUGUACUAAUCAUAAUAUACUUUCGCCAGAAUUCUCAUGAAUCCAUUUUAAGAGAAUUCCAUGAACAUGGUGAGAUGAAAGUUAAGUGUUUGAAGAAAAAGAAGAAGAUUCAUCUUGUAGUUUAUCUUACUUUCACUUUAAUCAAAACAGAUAUUCAGUCUGUAUAGAAACUGAUGUCACCUAACAGAUCUGUGGCUCCGUGUGUGUACUAUUAGCAAAUAAUUAGUUUCGUCUGUAUACUUUGGCACUAUCUCGAUACUCUUUCGAUACCACAAGAUCGCCAACAAAUAAACAUUCAUUUCAGGAUCCAAUCUUAUUCCUUGUUUUGGUUUCAUAGAGGGAUUUCACCUAGUAACUGGAACGUGAUCGGUCUGUAGUGUUGAUCAUAGUCAACCUCGACUCCUGCUAAUACAGACUGUAGAUAAUCGACAUAUUGACCCGGUUAGUAUGUAUUUUUCACAAGUACAUUGACUAAACUAGUUUCUUUAUUAUUAUUAAUUGUGUAAUGUGUUGUGUUGUCGUCAUUUUUCUCUGAAAUGACAGUUUACUAGUCAAAAGAAUAGCUGAUCAUCCUGGAUACCAACCGGACUGUGAGUUCUCAUUAUUAAACUUGUUAUUAACAGAAUGACUACCAUAUUUAUGCGUAGGUUAACCUAUUCGUAUCUCUUCUUUUACAAAUUAUGAUUUGAUAACUUAGUGUUCAAAUGUAUAUAAACCGAAUCAUUAUAAAUUUGAAGAUGUGAGCCUUUGAACUAGUACAACAAAAGUUCUUGAGAGAGGUAGCUAACUAACUUACUGAACAGAUAUUCAUAUGGUACAGUGAAACAUCACUCACCGAUUCAUUGGUGGAUGAGGCUUGUUGCACACUGAAUGAUGAAGAGCUACUUUAUUUACUGUGUUGCAAUAAUAUAUCAAUUAACCGUCUUCAACUUUCAUCUCUAAAGAUAAUCUACUAACAGUGUUUCUGAUCACAGGCAACGCAACCGUGUAAGAGAACUACUGAACAUGAAAUUCUUUCCUCUUAUAUUAUUUUACAUUUUCAUUACAAUAACAUCAACUGUGUAAUCGAGACACUGAAAACUACAUUGAUUAGUAUACUUACUUACAGGUUGAUUGUAACACCGUGCUGAAUGACUAAUACACGUGUAACCCACUUUCGCUCAGAUUGUCAGCAUGACUCAUUUUAACUUGUUUCAUCAGACUUAUUCACAUGAAAUGACAUUUUGUAGAUGUUGGCUUCGAGGUCCCGAACCGAUUCAUAGUGGGAUAUGGUAUCGACUACAAUGAUUGUUUCCGUGAUGUGCCGCAUGUGUGCUCGGUGAACGAUGAAGGCAAACGUGAAUUCUUUGGCAGAGGUUAACAUCUCAAGCUCCAUUGGACAGUAUGCCAAUCGAGUAAACAGUCAGAUUUGUUGUAAACGUUCUGUAAUCAAGCAUCACUAGCCAUGUAUUAGAGAAAAUGCAUAUCUUUGUAAUUUCAUCGUGUGAAUGCAUCAUUCAUAGAGAAGAAUUUCUUUUGUACUACUAUUGCAAAACUAUUUGCCUUGAUGGACA